CUGCUUUUCCCUUAGUGAACGGAAACCUGUAAUAACCGAUUUAUCCAAGGCCCCCAACCUCCCAACCGCCCUUCCAAUUCGACAACGCGAUUUGGACAGCAUGAAGCAGAGUCUGAUAGCUGGGCUCGCUGGCAAGUGGCAGCUUUCGCAAGUGGGAGACAUGAACUGAUAAACAAUUUAGUAGAAGCAUGGCAUGUAUUCGCUGGAUUUCGACAAGAACUUAACUGUGAUUUUAAUAUGAGGUCUAGCCCUUGUUCUGAGCCCGUCUAUGAGCUCCCACUCGCUCCCACUCGCUCCAGCGAGCCCAGCUAUCAGGCUCUGCUUCAUCCAAUCCAGACCUUGCUGGAUGGCCCCAAUUAAAAUCCAUUGCCAUAAGUUCAUCCCCUCCUUGUCAGCUGUUCUGUAAACUAGUGGCUGUAAGCUAGUGGCUGGGCCGCUGUUGAAUGGGAAGGGCGGUUGGGAAGUUGGAAAAUCGGUUUCCGUUCACUAUGCCAAAGCAGUUGGGAAAUACUAUGAUUUUAGUGACUAUGUCAGAAGCCUUAUAUUGCCAUUGAUUGAUAUAUGUGGAGGGAGGCAAUGGCGGCGGCGCUCGUAGUGUCGACUUCAGUGGUGGAGGAGGAAGCGGCUGUCGCUGCUGCGGAGGCAGCGGCAGCUGCUGCCGCGGCAGCCGCGGCAGCGGCAGCCGCUGCAGCGGCAGCCGCAGCCGCAGCAGCGCGUGCAGCAGCCCUGGCGGCGGCGGCAGAGGAGAAGCGUCGCGAGGAGCUGGCCAUUCAAGCGCUGCUGGACUCGCGGUUUUGCUUCAUGGUCGAGCAGGGCGUUGGACAUGUGGAAACGGACACCGUACGAAAGGCGGUACGGCAGUGGAUGCACCAGCACCUUAUGAAACCGUGGCUACAGGAGCGGAUUGCGGCCAGCAGGACUGUUGCUGCUGCUGCGGAGGUUGCUGCUUCGCCUUCUCCAGAAUGA